ACCUACAUAAUAUUCAUUCUCAUAUUCAAAUUCAUAGUUUCUCCGAUCACUUGCGUCGUAUCAAUUCAAGUUUUUGAAUGGAUUCUCCGCCGGAGAACGACGCCGCCAAGAGCCUGAAGCCUGUUGCGUCAUUCUACUCCGAUUACCUCUGGAACCGAAUGCGCAGCCUCCUUCCCGCCGCUUUCAGCUCGAAUUUCCUCAGCAGAAUUUCAAACCUUUACCGCGGCGGCAGCAACACUCGCUCCAGAAAACGACGCCCUAGAAAUACUUGCCUCCCCCUUCCUUUGCCUUCUCCCUCUACUUCGCCUGAAUCCUCUGUGGUUGUAUCUGAGGCAUCUAGAAUUUUUGAUGUCUUGGAGGACAUCAUGGAGCAUAUCUUUCUAAAUUUGCACUACAUCCAAAAGAACCUAGAAUUUUGGCAAUCUAAAGCAGAGGGAUCAAAUGCUCAAAAAGCUUACUUCAUGGUAUGUGAGCGAGGACCAUCUGCAUUUAUUAAUGGCAUAGUACAACUGAUUCAUGAUUAUGUUGGAGAUGGUUCGGUGGUGCAGCACUCAUAUUGUAUGGCAUCGUCAUACAUAUCUGAAAGGAUAAAUGUCCUGAUUAGCUUAAGAUACCAUUUAGCUACAUUUUUGGCGCAGGUCUACAUGGAGGUUGACAAAGCUGGAAAUGAAUUAGUUAAGGACCCUGAGAAAUCAUUAUCCUCGUUACUGGUUGCUAUAAAUGAACUAUUUCUGAAAUUGGAGGCAUCAAUUGGUCACUUCCAUGCAAUGCGUCAGCUACUUCUGCAGAAAUCUUCUGUUGACGAGAGCUAUUCUUUUCCCUUGAUCUUGGAGAAACUUCCGGUGGUAAAUCAAGAGGGGUCUCGUUGGACUGAUUGCGAGAUUAAAGAUGCUAUCAAUUUGAUUUAUCAAAACCUAGAUAAGUUAGACUCCUAUCUAUCUGCAAUAGUUUUCAUUCACAGAAAGCCCAGGAGAGUCGCUCGUUACUGGAUGCGCUAUACCUUUGGGAUUGUUGGCAUCUCUGUGUGUUCAUUGUGGCUUCUGCGGCACAGCAGUUUUGCAGGUAGCUCUGACAUUGACAACUGGAUUCAUGAGGCAAAGAAGUCAACAGUUAGCUUUUGGAAUGACCAUGUAGAGCAACCGCUUCUCUCUAUCAGAAACGAUCUUUUCGAUACGUUCAGGAAGAGGCAAAAGGGUGCAAUGGAACCUGAAGAGGUGCAGUUAACUGCUGACUCUUUACACAGAAUGUUGCGAGCUUUUACUGAGCAGUCAAAGGGGGAGAAGCCUCUGCAAAAUGCAACAGAUCAGAAAAUGCUUGAAAUAGUAAUGGCAAGGUAUGAAAAGGAACUGAUGCAUCCAAUUCAAAAUCUCUUCUCAGGGGAGCUUGCUCGUGCUCUUCUUAUCCAGGUCCAGAAGCUGAAGCUUGAUAUUGAGGAGGCUAUGCUGGAGCUAGAUCAAAUUCUUAGGGCAAAUGAAAUCAACUUUGCUAUUUUAGCUGCUUUGCCUGCUUUCUUCCUCUCCCUUAUUGUGAUCAUGGUGAUGCGUGCUUGGAUUAAACAGGAUACGAGAGCAGAAGGCAGAGGAAGGGUUGCACGAAUUCAACGACGACUGUUAAUCGUUGAAGUAGAAAGAAAGAUUAUGCAAUUGGAAAGAUGCAAAUAUCAAGGACGAGAAAAAGAUGCACAAUGCAUGUAUGGAUUGGCGUUAUAUAGCCUUGAUCGCUUAUACUGUGCUGUGGAAGGCCAUGCAAGGGAAACCGGUGAAUGGAUAAGUUUGAGGCAGGAUAUUAUUGACUUGGCAAAGCCAGAUACUCAAACUGCACAUAAACUCAAGAUCACCUCACGCAUGGAGCGGGUAUAUGACUGCUUGCUUCCUCUUCCAAAAAGUCGGUAGUUCAGAUAAUCUUCAAAUUUGCUGUUUACUGGAACAUACUUAAGAACAGCUUUUACUUGGUACAAAUGUUAACGGGGAACCCCCGCCCCCAUUUUUUUUCUUUUCUCUGGGUGAUAUUUUGUCCAACGCUCGGUGUUUGCUGCUUUAGUUGCAAGGUCCACCAAUUUUGAAAUUGUACAGCUGAAUAUAGAAAUCCAGCUACCACUCCUUACUGAGGACAUUUUUGUUUUUCCUGACUUUUCAUUUGAUAUUACUUGCAAGUGUACAGAAUUAUUCAGUGGCGGACACUGAAAUGGAAUUAAAGACCAGUUGCCCAGAAAAAAUAAUUUCGCAUGGUGGCCGACUGUUUUUAAUGACGUGCCUGCUUUAAUUUUUCCUCUUCAGCUAGUUCAUUGGCCUAAAGAGCAUUAGCUACUACUACAACUGGGCAUGAGAUUUUUGCGGCAUUAAAGACUUUUCUGCUACUAGAUGCUUCUUUUUUAACCAGUUAAACUGCAUCUGGUUUUGGUGUGGAUUUGAUUAAUUCGGAAGAUCAUCAUUCGCUUCGGACAAAAUUUCGUGCUCCGCUCCAGCCUUUGCAUCUUUCUGCUGCUUCAGCUUGGCAUUAGUCCUUUGAUUUACAGUUUUGUAGUCUUUGAGAACUUUGCUUUUCCUAAGCCGGGGUUCUAUAAGAAACAACCUCUCUAUCUCCACAAGUUAAUGGUUAGGUUUACGUACACAUUAUCCUCUCCAGACUCCACUAAACUGGUUUUUUUUGGCAGUCUUUGAGAACUUUUUAGUCAACGACUUAGUAUGAUCUAGUGGAUCUGGUUUUAUGAUCCUGUUAAAAUCCAAGUCCAACUUCCUUUUUGGGGGAUCAAGAAGAGAAUUGAGCUUUCUUUUCACUUCGUGAGAGCGCUUUCCGGUCAGCUCGGAGAAUAAACAAUAACUAACUCUGGUGGCUCUGCUCGCUAUAAGAAUCUCACCAAAUUCA